AUGGCCAAGAAGGCGGAGGAGGCAGCAGCAGCAGCAGCAGGUCCUCCUGGUAGUUGGCAACAGCAAAGUCCUUUGGCAUGGAAUUUCCAUUUACUUGAAAUGGCCAAGAAUCCGACUCGAGUGCAGCCGGAGGUGAUGCCGGAGCCAGGCGAGGCUGGGAUGUACACCAAUAAAAUCCACUACUUGCGGAAGUAUCUGCUCGACGAGGUGGUCACUAAGAAGUUCGCCCUGGACUUCAUGGAGCCCGUGGACACGGCGCUUCUGGAGGUGCCCAACUACUACGCCGUCAUAAAGCGGCCGAUGGACGUGGGCACGAUCAUCAAGCGCGUGCAGAAUCGCUACUACCAUCGCGUGGACGAUCUGAUCAGUGACUUUCAGUUGGUCAUCAGCAACUGCUUCAUGUUCAAUCGCCCCGGGGACGUGGUCUACCGCAACUGCCAGAAGCUGGAGAAGUUCUUCCAUCGCGUGAUCAACAAGAUGCCCAAGGGCGAGGAGAAGCCCAGCACCAAGGACCCGCGGGCCCCGGGCCGGCAGCAUGGCUACGAGAAGGCUUCCGAGGUCGUGCAGCGGCAGUGCCAGGAGCAUCUGGCCAAGCUGCACAUUGCGAUCUCCAAGGAGGACGACCCGAGCAUCUGCAAGUACUUCAGGGCCAAGUUCGAUGCCCUGUCGCAAAAAGUGGACAGAUUCUACUUCAAGACCAUCGAGGAGUUCCGCUUUGAAGUGACGGGCAUCUUCAAGACCUUCGACAACCACAUCAGGGCUUUCCACGAGCUCUUCCACAGGACCUGCGGCCAGGACUCGCUACACUACUUGCAGAGCUGCCAGUGGUCCUACGAGCUCGAUGGCAGCAGGUCGGCGCCCGAGCCCAGCUCGAGCGACAAGAUGGAGAAACGCGAUGUCACCGACGUGCUCUAUGCCCUCAAGAAGGCUGAGACCAGCGUGGAGCACUGCAUCAAGUCUUACACCAGGGAAAAGGCUAGCCGUGCCAAGGUCCAGAUCAGCGAGUUCGAGGCCAGCGCCAACAAACUCAAAGAGAAGCUAUCGACGGGACGCAAGGUGAAAACAACUCAAGAAGAGAGAAAGAGGGUAGCACAAAUAUUUUACAACAAACUCCCUGAAGAGACCAGUGAGGAGGAGUCAUUCGAGGAGAGCGACCUUGAAGAGGUGGAAGAGCCCAUGGAAGAUAACUCCAAAGUACAAGUCUUUAGAAACAGGGAUGCAGAUUCAGAUUCAGAUUCUGAUGAAUUGAUCAAUGCAACGCUCUGGACUGACCUGCAAAUGACCAGCAGCGAAGAUGGCGAGGACAACUAA